AUGGAUCCGAACCUUUUUGGAGGUGUACCCAGGUUUCUUACCCGCCCAAAGGCUUUCUCUGUGUGUGCUGGCAAGGACACUACACUCAGCUGCACUAUAGUAGGCAGCCCAACGCCGCUGAUCACCUGGGAAAAGGACAAGCUGAGAUUGUCAUCUGGUGGUCGCUUCAAGACCGUGGAGGAUGGAAAUGUAUAUCGCAUCACUAUCUACGACUUAACACCAGAGGACAGUGGCCAGUACAUGUGCCGGGCCAAAAACAGUGUCGGAGAAGCUUAUGCUGCUGUAACUGUGAAAGUGGCCCUGCCAGCAGAGAUGCCACAGAGGGCCCCUGUUUUCACGGUGAAGCCUACAUCUGUACGUGUGGGUUUAGGCGGUGAUGUUGUUUUCAAAUGUCGCGUUGCAGCUCACCCGGAGGCCAGUUUUGACUGGGAGAAGGAUGGGCGCUACUUGGGGGAGACAAAUCGUAUCAAGAUUGUGUCAGACAGCGAAAGUAGCACCUUAAGGAUCCAAAGUGCACGGAACCUGGACGCCGGUACCUAUAGCUGCAGGGCCCAAAACAGUGUGGGUCGUGCACAGGCAGCAGCAGCUCUAGUUGUUGAUGCGUAUGAUUCUCGCCACCUGGGUGCAGAUAAGAAUACCUCCCUCCUGUCCCACCUACAGAAGCGCAAAGAAGAGAUGAAGAAGGAUGUAUCUGUCCAUCGUAUUGAAGACAGCAGCUCCUUAAUUUCAACCUCCUCUCCAGCUAGCAUCUUAGAAGCCUUGAGUACAAUCAGUACUGGUCAUGAUCAGAGGGUGUCCACAUUGUCAAAGCUUCCCAAAGGAGUGUUCACUCGUACUUGCACGGUGACAGAGGGGAAACAUGCCAAACUCAGUUGCUUUGUGACGGGUCACCCCAAACCCCACAUUAUCUGGAGGAAGGAUGGCUCAAAUAUCAGUGAGGGCCGUCGACAUGUCAUUUAUGAGGACCAAGCUGAGAACUUCAUCCUCAAGAUCCUGUACUGCAAGCAGAGUGAUAAUGGAUUUUACACUUGCAAUGCAACCAAUAUGGCUGGACAGACCUACAGUGCUGUGCUGGUGACAGUCAAAGAGCCUACGCUGCCAUUCAGGAGAAAACUGCAGGAUGUAGAAGUACUUGAAAAAACAUCAGCCAUGCUAAUGUGUGAGGUGCCACUUCCUGCCACGCAGACCAGCUGGUUCAUGGAGGAAACACGACUGGAGCAAAGUGUGAAGUACCGCAUGGAUGAAGAUGGCACAUUGCGCAGGCUCACCAUCAACAAUGUCACGACCAAUGAUGAUGGUGUUUAUAUCUGUGAAAUGAAGGAAGGCAGUCGCACUGUGGCUGAGCUGACUGUACUGGGCAACAUCACUAAAAAGCUUCCCAGGAGGACAGUUGUUCCUGUCAGUGACACUGUCAUCUUCUGCGUGGAGCUGGAGCAUCCUUGCUCAGAUGCUUACUGGACCUGUAACGGCGAGAAGCUGAAGGAGGAUUCUCGUGUGUCUAUUGCUUGUAUGCUCAGACAGUACACUCUGACAAUUAGGGACUGCCAAGCAGACGACUCUGGAGAAGUGGCUUUUGUAGCGGGAGACUGCAAAACUUCCACCCAUUUCUCUGUUACCGCUGCAAGGAAGCAUCCUCCUGAUCCCCCAGUUGAUGCUGUGGUACAGAACAAGACUGAGUCAUCCAUCAGUCUUCGGUGGUCUCCUCCUGACAGUGACCGUCCUGUGCCCAUCAAGGGCUACAUUGUGGAAAGGAGGAAAGUUGGUACUCAGACUUGGCAGAGAUGCAAUGCUGGUGAAACUAUUGUUUCAACUGAGAUCACAAUCAGCAACCUUACUGAAGAAGCCAGUUACCAGUUCCGUAUCUCUGCUAUCAAUGACUUUGGCCAGAGUCCAUACCUGGAGGUGCCUGGAAGUUUCUACCUUGAACCAUCUGCAGAGUUAAGGAAAGGCCUUAUGAAUGGUACGGCUUUCUCUGGGGAGGAGUUCUCUUUCUCUGUGGAGCUGUCCACUGUUUGUUCUGGCUUCUGGUCUCUAAAUGGCCAACUCCUACGCAGUGGAGCAGACUACCUCAUUACCAGGUCUAAGAACACACACACUUUGCUCAUCCGAGUCGUGUCAAUGGAGCUGAAUGGAGCUGAAGUCAAGUUUGUGGGUGGAGGCUCUCAGACCAGUUGCAUCUUAACUGUGCAGGCCCCUGGUGUGAGGUUUAUUAAAAAGUCCGAUCAGCCCGAUGUUGUGUCCUGCAGCAUUCAAGCCACUGCUCAGUUGAUCGCCGAGGUGUCGAAUAGUGAUGCACAGGUAGUUUGGAUGAGAAAUGGGCGGGAGGUCAAAGUGGGGAAGAAGUAUGAAUAUGUAAUCACAGAUUGCAAGAGGAUCCUCGUGAUUCAUAAUGUGACAGAGGAAGAUGUGGGCAUCUAUGAGUGUGUCUUAAAAGAUGACAGAAUCUCUGUGCAACUCUCUCUUAAAGAUGAACCUGCUAAGUUUUUGAACAAGGCCAGAGGUCCUAUGGGAUUGUCAUCAUCCCUUAAAGGGGAUCUUGAGCUUAACUGUGAGGUAUCCCCCGCCAGCACUGUUGUUGUUUGGAAAAAAGAUCAAGUGGAGCUCACUGAGGAUCAAAGAACUACCUUCAUGUCAAAAGGGACUCAAAGGAAACUUAUCAUAAAGAAUGCAAAGAAAAGUGAUGAAGGACAUUACUCCUGUGAGACUCCAGCGGACAAAGUCGCAUUCCACGUCAAGAUUAAAGAAACUCAAGCUCAAGCUGCUUUCUCCAAUAAGGAGUCAGUCCAGAAGGAGGUGAAAGCUGUUCUUUCCCAGAAAGUCACGCUGAGCUGCAAUGUGUCUGAUAGCAAAACAGAGGUGAAAUGGUAUAAAGAUGGCAAAUUACUGAUAUCCAGUAGAUCAAUGUACUUUGAGGCAAAAGGUAAUACUCGCCAGCUGGUGAUUGAAAAGGUGGAGAAGAGCGAUGCUGGAGAGUAUACCUGCGAAGCUGCAGGGGAGAAACUGGUCUUCAGGAUAUUUGUGUCAGAGCCACAAUCUGCUUUCUUCAACAAGGAGUCAGUUCAGAAGGAGGUGAAAGCAACCCUCUCCCAGAAAGCUGCUUUGAGCUGUGAAGUGUUUGAUGCCAAAACCGAAGUGAAGUGGUACAAGGACGGCAAGCUUGUGACAUCUGGUAAAACAGUCCAUACAGAGUCAAAGUGGAAGAGUCGCCAGCUGGUGAUAGACAGCGUGGAGAUGAAGGAUGGUGGCGAAUACAUCUGUGAGGCUGGAACUGAAAAGCUGGUCUUCAAAAUGGAAGUCGCAGGUAAACACACUGGCUCCAUCAGUCACAGUUCUACGCCUGAUAAUUUGAUUUGGAGCUGGGUUAUCUGGAAUAAAGCUAAAGAUGGUUCCAUUCCUAUUAGCAAGCCAUGCCAGAGGGGCUGCAGGCACAGUGUUAGAGCUCUGGAACGGCUGUGGAUGAAUGAAUUGUCACCGUCAUACUCCCACAUCCGUUCAGCAUUCUUCAAUAAGGAAUUGGUCCAGAAAGAAGUGAAAGCUGCUCUCUUGCAAAAAGCCAUUCUGAGCUGUGAUGUGGCUGAUUCCAAGACUGAAGUGAAGUGGUACAAGGAUGGCAAGCUCCUAACGUCCAGCAAAGCAAUAUAUGCAGAGUCAAAGGGGAAGAGUCGACAGCUGGUGAUAAACAGUGUGGAGAAGAAGGAUGCUGGAGAGUACGUCUGUGAGGCUGGAAGUGAAAAGCUGAUCUUCAAAGUACAUGUGGAAGUUGCUUCGACAGAGAUCCAGCCUAAACCUCCUUUCCUCAACAAAGAUUUGGUCCAGAAGGAGGUGAAGGCUGUAAUAUCCCAGAAAGCCACUCUGAGCUGUGAGGUAGCUGAUAACAAGGCAGAGCUUAAAUGGUACAAGGAUGGCAACCUCCUGAGUCCCAGCAGAGCGAUUCAAAUGGAAGCAAAAGGCCAAACCCGCCAACUGGUGAUCAACAGUGUGGAGAAGAAAGAUGCUGGAGAAUACAUCUGUGAAGUUGGAAAAGAAAAGCUAGAGUUUAAAGUGCAUGUUACAGAGAUCCAACCCAAGCCAGCCUUCUCCAACAAGGAGUCAGUCCAGAAGGAGGUGAAAGCCACACUGUCCCAGAAGGUUACGCUCAGCUGUGAUGUUUCUGAUUCCAAGACAGUAGUGAAGUGGUACAAGGAUGGGAAAGUUCUCACUCCCAGCAAGACGAUUCACUCACAGUCGCAGGGCAAGAAUCGACAGCUGGUGAUAGAUAGUGUGGAGAAGAAGGAUGCUGGAGAGUACUUCUGUGAAGCUGGAACCAAUAAGCUGGCUUUUAAUAUAAAAGUUGCAGAAGUUCCAGCUGCCUUUUCUAAUAAGGAGUUGGUCCAGAACGAGGUGAAAGCGAUUCUCUCCCAGAAAGCCACUCUAAGCUGUGAGGUUUCCGAUCCUAAAACAGAAGUGAAGUGGUAUAAGGACGGCAAGAUGCUAACUUCCAGCAAAGCCCUUCACAUGGAGUCGAAGGGCAGAAGUCAUCAUCUGGUGAUAGAAAAUGUGGAGAAAAACCAUGCUGGAGAAUACACGUGUGAGGCUGGAACAGAGAAGCUUUUAUUCAGGCUGCAGACUGCAGAUUUGGCUUUAAAGUUUGUCGUUCCUUUGAAACCCGUCACGGUGGAGUUGGGGGGUACACUCAGCUUGAUGUGUGCACUAAACCAGGCCUCCGGGGAUGUUCUCUGGCGCCGGAAUGGUUGUGAGAUCAAACCUGGUGGCAGGUACCGCGUCAGCGCAGAUGGUGCUAAACGUGUUCUGACUGUGACUGGCAUAACUAAGGAAGACGACGGAGAAUACAGUUGCGAAUGUAGAAAUGAAAAGACCUCUGCUCAGGUGUCCUCAAAAGAACCCAGACUAGUGAGACUGACGGCCAAACUGAACAACGUGGCUGCAAUGGAAGGAAAAGAUGCUAUCUUUAAGUGUUCCGUCACCCCAGCAGAUGCCAAAGUUAAAUGGUUCCACAACAAUAUACCCGUCUCUGCUGGGCCGAAGUAUAAACUUGAGCAUGGUAGAAAUAGUCACUCUCUCACCAUCACCUCGGUCACCCAGAAAGACGCCGGAGAGAUAAGUAUUGACGCAGAAGGCAAAGGCUGCAGCGCUACCCUGCAAGUGCAAUAUGAGCCUGUGACAUUUAAGAAGAAGUUGGACAAUCUGACAGUGGAGGAGCAGAGUGAAGUGAAGCUGGCAGUGGAGCUCAGUAAGCCAUCAGAAGAAGUCAGGUGGAUGAAGAACAGUGUUGUGCUACAGCCUACCGGUAAUAUGGAGAUCCGAGUGGACGGCACUAAACAGGUUUUAGUACUCAAAAGUGUGACUAGUGAUGACCGCGGCAUCUACUCCUGUGAAACUCUGGAUGAUAAGACGCAGGCUAAACUCAGUGUGGAAUUGAAAAAGAUACAGAUACUAAAGCGCCUGAUGGAAACCAAAGCUCAUGAGACAGAGACAGUCACUCUUGAAGUUGAACUCAGCCAGGCAGAUGUUGAAGGUUCCUGGACCAGGGAUGGGGCUAAAAUAAGAACAGGACCAAAUUGCCGUAUCACAGCUGUUGGAAAGAAGCAUACCCUUACCUUGUCCAAUCUCAAGUUGGAAGAUGCUGGAACUGUUGCUUUCCAAGCAGAAGAUGUUUAUACUUCCAGCAAACUGAUUGUUACAGAACCUCCUGCUAUGAUCUCUAAUCCUGUGUUGGAUGUCACAGUCGCAGAGAGGGAGAAGGUUACUUUUGAAUGUGAAGUUUCCAGAACAAAUGCAGAAGUGACGUGGUUGAAAGGUGAUGUUGAACUGAAACCAGGGAAGAACCUCAGCAUCCAUUCUUUGGGCCGAAAGCACACCUUGGUCAUCCACAAAUGCAUCCCUGGAGAUGCAGGCACUUAUAUUUGUCGCACUGCUGAUGAUAACACUUCAGCCAAUCUCACUGUUCAUGCCAGAGAUAUUAAAAUUGUUAAGAAGCUGGAGGACGUGGUGGUGAUGGAGAAGGAAAAUGCUUCAUUUGUCUGUGAAAUCUCUCAUGAUGAAGUUGACUGCCAGUGGUACAAAGGAAAUUCCAAACUGAAAGCUACUGACAACAUUAGGAUGAGACAAGAAGGAAAAGCGUACUUGCUGCUAUUUAAGUCUGUGUCCCCAGAAGACGCGGGUGAGAUAAAAUUUACAGCUGAAAAAGCCUCUUCAACUGCUAAACUCAAAGUGAAAGAGCUGCCUGUGAAGUUUGUGAAAAGACUCAGGGAUAAGAUUGCGAUUUACAAACACCGCGGUCAUCUGGAAUGCCAAGUGUCACGUGCCAGUGCGAAGGUUAAGUGGUACAAGAGCAAGAAGGAGAUCAAACCCAGCAAGAAGUACGAGAUCACAAGUGAAGAUGUGUACCGAAAACUUACCAUCAAUGAUGUGGACUCAGGAGACGAAGAUACAUAUACAUGUGAUGCCGCGGAUGACAAAACAUCCUGUAAACUGCUUGUAGAAGAGCAGUCAAUAAGCAUUGUGCGGGAGCUGAGUUCUGCAGAAGUUACAGAACCAUUUGCUGCUGUCUUCGAAGUAGAAGUAAGUAUGGAAUUGGGCAAACGUCCCGUAUGGACUUUGAAUGGAGUUGCUGUACAGGACAGUGCUGAUGUUGAGAUGGAGAAAGAAGGCACAAUGCACCGACUGACAUUCAAGAAGACCAAAGCAUCAAUGUCAGGGCCCGUGCAGUUUGCAGCUGGUAAAAGCAAAUCUACUGCUCAGCUCACUGUCAAAGAGCGUCCACUUGAGAUUGCAGAGCCCAUGAAAGAUGUGAAGGCAAAGGAGAAAGGCUCAGCUACGCUCACCUGUAAAUUCUCUGCUGUACCCAAAGAGGUGACCUGGUUCAAAGGUACAGUAUCUCUGGCAGCAUCAGACAAGUGCUGCAUUAAGCAGGAUGCAGUAUGGGCUCAUCUUACUGUUGAAAGAUUGACCGUGGAGGACAGUGGAUAUUACUGCUGUAAAUCUGGACCUGCAGAGACCAAAGGCAGACUUACUGUUGAAGAACGUGAAAUUAAGAUCACCAAGCACUUGGCAGAUACACAGGUGGAUGAGGACAGCGAUGCUGUGUUCAUAUGUGAGAUUAAUUAUGCAGAUGAAGAGGCACAGUGGCUACUAAAUGAUAAAGCACUCUUCAACAAUGAGGUCAACACCAUUACUCAUGAGGGUAAAGUUCACAAGCUCACACUUAAGAACUUGGCACCUCAAGAUGGGGGGACUAUUACCUUUCAAGUUCGCAAAGUGAAAGAGUCUGCCACACUCAAGGUUAAAGAGAAACGUGCAUUGUUCCUCAAGUCUCUAGAUGAUGUUGUUGGGGAGGAAAAAGGCAUAAUAACUUUGGCAUGUGAGGCUUCCAAGCCUCGGGUUUUCCCCAUAUGGAGGAAAGACAGUAAAAUAUUGAAGCCUGGACCAAAGUAUGAGCUCCUUCACACUGGAAAGUCCUUAGGAUUGAUCAUCAAGGAUGUCACCAAAGAAGAUGCUGGCGAAUACAGUUGUGAUCUUGGAACUGAAGUCUCCAAAUCAAAGGUCACUGUCAGAGAAAUUGGUAUUGGAAUUACCAAAUGGCUGAAGUCAGCUGAAGUGAAUGAAGGAGGGACAUGUAGCUUUGAGUGCAUCUUGUCACGUGAGAGCACAGAUGAAUGUUCUUGGACUCUAAAUGGCAAAACUAUAACAAAUGGAGGCCAGUUUAAAGUUUCUAGUAAAGGGCGCAAGUACAUGCUGACCAUUACGGAUGUGACCCCUGCUGAAGCAGGAGUGGUGGUCUUCAACAUUAAAGACCUGAGCUCAAAGACAACAUUAACGGUUGAAGGCAAAGCAUCUUCUGUGUCAAAAGGACUACAGAAUGUUAGUGCUAUUCCAGGGGAGGAUGCAGCAUUCACCUGCAUAGUAAUGCAAGCUAGUUCCACUGUCAAGUGGGCCAAGGAAGGCAAAGCCAUCAAGAAGAGUCAGAAAUAUGAACUCAGUCAAGAAGAUAAAGUCAUGAAGCUAAUUAUCCAUAAAGUCACUGCUCAAGAUUCUGGAGAGUACAGUUGUGAAGUUGUUGGAGGUGCAACAACCAAAGCCAAGCUGGAGAUCAAGGAGCCACUCCACAAAUUCACAAAGGCACUAAAGGAGACCCAGGGUGAGGAGAAGAGCUCAGUGACUUUGCAAUGUGAAACUGUGCAAACCCCGUCCAAGGUGACGUGGCUUAAAGGUAGCACAGAGCUCAAGACUGGUGGCCGAUACGAGAUGAACCAGAAGGAAGGGGUCUUAAGUCUUACUAUCAAACACCUGGAGGAAGAAGACACUGAUAUCUACACUUGUGACGUAGGCACUGCCAAGAGUGUGGCCAAGUUGUCAGUUAAAGCUUUGCCUGCCACCUUUAAACAGCAGCUGAAGAACCUGGAUAAGACAGAAGGGGAAACGGUGACACUUCAUUGUGAGCUGUCAAAACCCGCUGCAAAUAUCCAGUGGAAGAAAGGCUAUCAAACUCUGAAAGCUGGAGAAAAGUACAAGAUGAAGCAAACUGAGACCUCGAUUGAACUUCAAAUUAAGAAUUUGGAGGUUGAAGACAGUGGAGAGUAUUCCUGUGUGUGUGGAGACCAAAAGACAUCUGCAACUGUUAAAGUUAAGGCGCUACCAGCAACAUUCACAGAGAAGCUGAAGAGCCAAGAUGCUGAGGAGGGACACAGUGUUACUCUGCACUGUGAGCUCUCUAAACCUGGAGUCCCAGUGGAGUGGAAGAUGGGGACUCGCGUACUAAAGUCUGGAGAAAAAUACCAGAUGAAGCAGAAGGCUGUUGUGAACGAACUGGUGAUGAACACAGUUGUACCAGAAGACAGCGGAGUCUACAGCUGUGUAUGUGGUGACCAGAUGACCACUGCCAGCGUCAAUGUAAAAGCUUUACCUGCCACCUUUAAACAGCAGCUGAAGAACCUGGAUAAGACAGAAGGGGAGACGGUGACACUUUAUUGUGAGCUGUCAAAACCCGCGACGAAUAUCCAGUGGAAGAAAGGCUAUCAAACUCUGACAGCUGGAGAGAAGUACAAGAUUAAGCAAACUGAGACUUCGAUUGAACUUCAAAUUAAGAAUUUGGAGGUUGAAGAUAGCGGAGAGUAUUCCUGUUUGUGUGGAGACCAAAAGACAUCUGCAACUGUUAAAGUUAAGGCACUACCAGCAACAUUCACGGAGAAGCUGAAGAGCCAAGAUGCCAAGGAGGGAGACAGUGUUACUCUGCACUGUGAGCUCUCUAAACCUGGAGUCCCAGUGGAGUGGAAGAUGGGGACUCGCGUACUAAAGUCUGGAGAAAAAUACCAGAUGAAACAGAAGGCUGCUGUGAACGAACUGGUGAUCAACAAAGUUGUACCAGAAGACAGCGGAGUCUACAGCUGUGUAUGUGGUGACCAGACGACCAUUGCCAGCGUCAACGUUAAAGCUUUGCCUGCCACCUUUAAACAGCAGCUGAAGAACCUGGAUAAGACAGAAGGGGAGACGGUGACACUUUAUUGUGAGCUGUCAAAACCCGCGACGAAUAUCCAGUGGAAGAAAGGCUAUCAAACUCUGAGAGCUGGGGAGAAGUACAAGAUGAAGCAAACUGAGACCUCGAUUGAACUGCAAAUUAAGAAUUUGGAGGUUGAAGAUAGUGGAGAGUAUUCCUGUGUGUGUGGAGACCAAAAGACAUCUGCAACUGUUAAAGUUAAGGCGUUACCGGCGACCUUCACGGAGAAGCUGAAGAGCCAAGAUGUUGAGGAGGGAGACAGUGUUACUCUGCACUGUGAGCUCUCUAAACCUGGAGUCCCAGUGGAGUGGAAGAUGGGGACUCGCGUACUAAAGUCUGGAGAAAAAUACCAGAUGAAGCAGAAGGCUGCUGUGAACGAACUGGUGAUCAACAAAGUUGUACCAGAAGACAGCGGAGUCUACAGCUGUGUAUGUGGUGACCAGACGACCAUUGCCAGCGUCAACGUUAAAGCUUUGCCUGCCACCUUUAAACAGCAGCUGAAGAACCUGGAUAAGACAGAAGGGGAGGCGGUGACACUUUAUUGUGAGCUGUCAAAACCCACAACGAAUAUCCAGUGGAAGAAAGGCUAUCAAACUCUGAGAGCUGGGGAGAAGUACAAGAUGAAGCAAACUGAGACCUCGAUUGAACUUCAAAUUAAGAAUUUGGAGGUUGAAGAUAGUGGAGAGUAUUCCUGUGUGUGUGGAGACCAAAAGACAUCUGCAACUGUUAAAGUUAAGGCGUUACCGGCGACCUUCACGGAGAAGCUGAAGAGCCAAGAUGUCGAGGAGGGAGACAGUGUUACUCUGCACUGUGAGCUCUCUAAACCUGGAGUCCCAGUGGAGUGGAAGAUGGGGACUCGCGUAAUAAAGUCUGGAGAAAAAUACCAGAUGAAGCAGAAGGCUGCUGUGAACGAACUGGUGAUUAACAAAGUUGUACCAGAAGACAGCGGAGUCUACAGCUGUGUAUGUGGUGACCAGACGACCACUGCUAGCAUCAACGUUAAAGCCAUGAAGCCAUCUGUUACUCCCCUGCCUGCCAAAAUGGAAUUGAAGUGGCAGGAGACCAAAGAAACAAAGGAAGGUAUGGCGGCAACGAAGCCUGAUGUUCCAACCACCAUAGCUACCAAAGACCAGCAGAGAAGACAGGAAAUAUUAGAGGCAGUAGAAGUAAAGAAGCCUGAUGUUCCAGCCACCAAAGCUGCUAAAGAUGAUCGCAGAAGGCAGGAAGUAUUAGAGCCAGUAGAAGCUGUGAUACUGCCAGCUACUGAACAGAUUCCUAGACAGCAGUCCCCGAUACAUGAGACUGAGAUCCCAACACUCAAAGUGGGAUUUGAAGCUGAGAAGACUGUUCCAGGAAUAGUCUCCAAACAAGACACAGAAAGGCAGUGGACCAAAGAGCCAACGGAAGUCCGGAAGCCUGACACACCAGCCACAAUCACUAAAGACAAGAGGCAGGAAGUAUUUGAACGAGUUGAAGCUGUGACACUGACAACCGCUGAACAGACUCCUAAAGAGCAGUCUGUAAGAUGUGAGAUGGAGGUCAAAGUGGGAUUUGAAGUUGAGAAGACAGCUUCAAGAAUAGCUUCCAAACAAGAUGUAGGCAGUCAGUGGACCAAAGAGUCAAUAGAAGCUGAGAAGACCACUGCAGAAAUAGCUUCCAAGCAAGGUACAGAAAGGCAGUGGACAAAGGAACCAGAAGAAGACUCACGGCUGGCAGAAAUCAAGCAGGUACAACAAACAGAUGACACAUUCAAAACAGUGACACACUACUGUCAAACAACUUGGCCACAGAAACACAGGGUGAGUUCCAACAUCACACCCUACUGGCAAGUCAGGGCAGAGCUACACGUUGUAGGAGGGCUUCAGAUGAGAGGGGAGAGAAUAGUCAUUCCCCAGACACUCCAUGGUGAAAUAAUGAGCAAACUCCAUGAAGGUCACCAAGGAAUAUCCAAAUGCCGGGCCAGAGCUCAAGUUUCUGUGUGGUGGCCAGGUAUCUCCACACAAAUCAAAGAGACUGUAGACUGGUGUGAAAUGUGUCAGAGAUACAGAACACUGCACAGAGAACCCCUCAUGCAGUCAUGUGUCCCUGAUAGGCCCUGGCAAAAAGUCGGAAUGGACAUGUUUGAGUGGGCAAACAAGACCUACCUUCUCAUCAUCGAUUACUUCUCACGAUACAUAGAGGUUGCGGAGCUCAAGACCACAUCAUCUGAAGCCACUGUUCAUGCUGUGAAGGAUGCUUUUGCACGUCAUGGAUACCCGGAGACUGUGGUAUCCGACAACGGACCACAGUUUUCUUCAGAGACAUUCAGAGCAUUUGCAAAAGAGGCCUGCUUUGCACAUGUCACGAGCAGCCCUCGCUACCCACAAGCAAAUGGCGAGGCUGGACGUUCCGUGCAGACAAUCAAAAGUCUGUGGAAAAAGGACACUGACCAAACCAGAGCACUCCUAGCAUACAGGGCCACAUCAUUAGAGCAUGGAUACUCACCUGAACAGCUACUUAAGGGAAGACACCUGCGCACAUCCCUCCCACAGUCUUCAGUUCUUCCAGUCACGUUUGUUCACAACCUGGAGAGCCUGGAGGCAGAGGAGGGAGGAAGUGUUAUUCUGUACUGUGAGCUUUCUAAAGCCGGAGUUCCUGUCGAGUGGAAGAAGGGAAUCAAAGUCCUCAAUACUGGAGCAAAGUACCAGAUAAAACAAUCAGGAGUUAGUUGUGAACUACAGAUCUUUGAUUUAACACCUGAAGAUACAGGAAGCUACUCCUGCUGUUCAGCGGAUGCAAAGAGCUCAGCUUCUCUUAUAGUGAAUGCUCUCCCAGUUAUUUUCACAAAAGAGCUGGAAAACCAAACAGCUGAUGAGGGGGACAGUGUCACCAUGCACUGUGAGCUUUCUAAAGACGAUGUUCCUUUGGAGUGGAGAAAAGGACAACUUGGUCUCUGUCCUUGUGCCAAGUAUGACAUUCAUCAGAAAGGACACCUUGCCACAUUAGUUAUCCAUGAUGUUGAUGUUGAGGACUCUGGGAGUUACACAUGUGACAUUGGCUCCCAUCUAAGCACUGCACAACUAGUUGUGAAGGCUCAGCCUGUCUUGUUCAAGAGUCUGCUGCAGAACCUUGAAGGACAGGCAGGAAAGUCAGUUAGUUUUCACUGUGAGAUCACAAAGCCAGGAGCCGGUGUGGUGUGGAGGCGUGGAGACAGGGAGCUCACGUCCUGCAGCAAAUACCAGCUGAAACAGGAAGGGACACUGGUGGAGCUUGUCAUCUUUAAAGUGCAGGGAGCUGAUUCAGGAGAGUACUCCUGUGAUACAGGCAGCCACAGGACUUCAGCUGUCCUCGUUGUCCGGGAGGCGGAGGUUCACAUUGUGAAAUUCUUGGAGAGCCACGUCAUCCAUGAAGGUGAAGAUGUCCAGUUUCAGUGUCUGGUUUCUCGCGUGGAGGCGCCGCUGGCUCAGUGGAAACUUCAGGACGUCCCCCUGCAGAAUAAUGAAAUGAACGUGAUCGAGGCCGAGGGGAGUGUGCACAGGCUCACACUCAGAGGCGUCACCACAGCAGACUCGGGCACGGUCACUUUCACAGUGGGUAAUCACUCAUCCACUGCUUACCUGACAGUCAGAGCGGCGCCUAUACUAUUUAAGAAGGAGCUGAAAAGCCAAGAAGCGGCAGAAGGAGCCGAAGCCACCUUGACCUGUGAGACAUCGAACCCUGAUUGUAAGGUGACCUGGAGGAAGGGCUCCACUAUGCUCUCUCAGGGGGAUAAAUACUCUAUUGCCCAAAGAGCUUCCACUCAUAUACUGGUGGUACACAAGCUGAAUGUGGAGGAUAGUGGUGAAUAUACCUGUGAUACAGGGGACAAGCAAAGCACUGCUACUCUGACUGUGAAAGCGCGCGUGCGCAUCAUCCGAGAACUCUGCGACACUACUGUGGUCACUGGACAGGACGCGGUCUUUGAGGUUGAGUUGACACAUUCAGGUGUGAGGAAUGCUGAAUGGUGGCUUGGAGACAACCUCCUCCAAAACAAUGAUCUGAAUCAAAUGAGCAGCCAGGGUAGAGUGCAUCGUUUGGUGCUGAAGAUGGUAACCACAGAUGAAUCGGGAGAUGUUGCCUUCGUAUUAGGAGAAGAGAAGAGUGUGGCUUGUCUUCUGGUGGAAGAAAAACCCAAAGUGGUUAUACUAGAGAGGCCACGCAAUGCUGUUGCAUUAGAAGGUGAAACUGCCAUGCUGGCCUGCACCAUCUCUGACCCCAAGGCCAUGGUCACCUGGAUGAAAAACAAGGUGGUCAUCAAAGCAGGUUUGAAGUAUGAAUUCAGGAAGAAUGGAGCAUUCCAUCAGCUGUGUAUCCACAACCUGGUGCCUGAAGAUUCUGGAACAUAUACCUGUGCCACUGUAGAUGCACAGUGUGAUGCCACCUUAACUGUGGAAGGUGCACCAGUAUUCUUCCAGAAAGAGCUCAAGAGCCAAGAAGCCUUAGAGGGUGAUGAUGUUACCCUGCACUGUGAGUUAUCUAAGGCAGGCGUAUGUGUUGAGUGGCGGAAAGGAGGUGUGGUUCUCCAACAUGGUAGGAAGUUUGAGAUCAGGCAUGAAGGGCGCAGACAAGAGCUCUGUAUAAGGAACCUGGAGCCUGAAGACAGUGGCUACUACACAUGUGAUGCAGGAGAUCAGCUCACUACAGCUUCUUUAACUGUGCAAGCAAAAGAAGUUUUCAUUGUGUCUGGUCUCAAGACCAUUGAUGUCUUUGUUGGGGAAUGGGCCACCUUCUCCUGUCAGCUGUCUGGUAGUGCAUCGGGCAAAGUACAGUGGUGGCUGGAUGGCACCUUGCUGAAGAACAGUGCCUUUAGUGAGAUAGGACUGAGCCCCGGACACAUCCACACACUGACGCUAAAGAAUUUGGCUACAGAUGACUCCGGCACUGUCACAUUCAAAGCCGGGAAUGCAAUGUCAACAGCCAAGCUCUUAGUCAAAGAUCCCACAGUUGAAGUGGUGAACGAAAUGGAGGACCUACAUGUGCUCGAAAACCAACCGGCUGAAUUCAUCUGUCAGUUCUCAAGGCCGGUCAAGGCUCAGUGGAUGAAGGAUGGGCAGCCGGUACAGCCUGAUGGCCAAAGGGUGGUAGUGGAGCAGGACUGGAAUGUGGCUCGCUUGUACAUUAGCCGUGUUUCUGCCGCUGACAGGGGCGCAUACUCCUGUGAGGCAGAUGGGACCUGCGUGGUCGCUUCACUAUAUGUGGGAGCCAAGCCCAUUACCAUUGUUCAGGGCCUGGAGAAUGUGGAAACUAUUGAUGGAGGCGAAGCACUGUUUGAGUGUGCCCUGUCUCGCCCUGAGAACAAAGAUUUCCGUUGGCUUUUUAAUGGUAAACAAGUCAAGGAAUCACCUAAUGCAGAGAUUGUGUCAUUUGAAAACGGCCGUCGUCAUCUCCUCCUACUGAAAGAACUGCACGUUGAAGACAGUUGCACAGUCACCUUCCAAGCUGGUACAACAUCCACAUCUGCCCAACUCUCUGUCAAGGGGUGGCAGUUGGACGUAGUAAAAGGUCUGGAAGACAGGGUUGCUGUAGUCGGAGAGAAGGUUGAGUUUUGUGUUGAGCUCAAUGAACUGGUCCCUGUGUCAGAAGUAGCUUGGUAUGCUAAUGGAGUUGAGCUUAAACCAAAUGACAUCUGGUCCAUGAGAUCUGACCGCUGUUCCCAUCACCUCAUCCUGAGGAAGGUGCCACUUUUGCCACAGCAGGAAAUUACAUUUGCUGCUAGAGAUGCUCUCUCUUUGGCCAAGCUCACCAUUAUCACUGUACCUGAUCCUCCUGAGGACCCAGAAGUCCUCAACAAGACAAAAGAAUCAGUUACCCUGUCUUGGUUCACACCACUCCAUGAUGGUGGGAAUCCCAUUCUGGGCUACAGGGUGGAGAUGCGGCUUGUAAACAGUACUCUCUGGCUACCGUGUCAUUCAGAACCUGUGUGUAACACAGAGUUUGUUGUCGAAAAUCUUACCGCUGGGAGCAGCUACAGGUUUAGAGUAGCAGCCAUCAACAGUGCUGGCAUUGGAGAGCCUGUGGAGUUGCCUCAGACCGUGCAGCUCGAAGCACCUGUGACAGCUACUCAGCCACUAAUUUCUCCAGGUGCUGAGGUUAAGCAUGUAGAGACUGGUCAAGUGGAGCAGCCACGUUUGCCUCUAGAAGCUGCUGACGAAGGUGACAUCCAUGAGCUGUGGGACUCGCUGGCUAAGAAACGCCGUAUGAGCAGAGAGCCAACUCUGGAUUCCAUCUCCGAGUUACCUGAGGAAGAUGGUAAAGGUGGCCAAAGCAAAACAGAGCAGAAAGAGUCAAAGACAUCAGCGAAAGAAGAAAAGAAAUCAGUAGAGAAGGCCCAGGCGGUGGUGGCUAAGAAGCCUAUCCUGUACACCAGCUCUGAAGACGAGUCGAUUUCUGGUGAUUCUUCGCUUGUUUCUUACCUGAAAAGGAGCAGCAAGUCAACUGUCACAGCAGUCAACGAGGCAGAGACUCUGUCCACUGAGAGGUUCUUUGCACAUUUCCAGAUGUCUGGGCAGGAAACAGUGCUCCACACUGAUGUCAAAACGACCACAUUUCAACAGAAAGAUGUGAUACAGACAUCUGGAGGUGAUGCUACCAUCAUGGAAACCAGCAAAGAUGAUGACUCUGAGCUCAGAGAAGCUGCUAUCAAGAUUCAAGCUGCCUUCAAGGGCUACAAGGCUCGUAAAGACAUGCGGCCAGUCUUCAAAGAGACCUUCAAAGACCAGACCAAAGAACCUAAUGGCACCAUACAUCUGGAAUGUGUGACAGAAGGCAAACCUGAUAAGGUGCGCUGGCUAAAGGAUGGUGAACCUUUGUCAGAUGGCAAGCACCACCAUAUUGAUAUCUACAAUGAUGGUACCUGCUCCCUUGUCAUCACUGCCAUCACCACUAAGGACACCGGAGUUUACACUUGUGAGGUCACCAACAAGUUCGGAGUUGCUUCUCAUAGUGGGAAGGUGACUGUGGGAACGGUGCGAGAAUCUGAUCGCCGGCCACUAACUGUGGGCUACAGUGCUGACAGUGAACCGGAGAGCUCCUCAGGUAGUGAAAUGGAUGAGUCCCUGAGACAAGCAAGCAGACGCCUCCGCCGCCUUUUGCGCACACGUCUCCCACCAGAUGUAGAGGAGGAGCCAUUUAUCAGUGCGGAUGAAGGAGACCUGCGCCCCCCAGAUCCCCACUCUUACCGUGAGGACGAUGAUUAUAUCUACAUUCGUUUUGACUCACGGCCAGAGGCUGAAGUUGCCUCCAAGAGGUUCCAGGAAAUGUUCACAGUCCAUGGGGUUCCUGUGGAGACCGACAUCCUGGAGGCAGGGCCAGUCAAAGUGGAGCUACGAAUUAGAAAGCUGGGCUAUACUCAAGAUGGUACACAGACUCCUACACAAGAUAGGCAGGUGCCUACAUUAGUAUCUGGAGCUCCAGCGGCCCCAGUCUUCUUGACCGAACUUCAAAACCAAGAUGUUCCUGAUGGUUAUCCUGUAAGCUUUGACUGUGUGGUAAUUGGCAAGCCCCCUCCCAGCAUUCGCUGGUUCAAGGAUGGAAAAUUGCUUGAGGAGAAUGACCAUUACAUGAUCAAUGAAGACCAGGAGGGCUGCCACCAAUUAAUCAUCACCUCGGUGCUUCCCACUGACAUGGGGGUUUAUCGCUGUACAGCUGAAAACAGCAGCGGCAUCGCAGCCACCAAGGCUGAACUCAGGGUUGAUGUGUCUUGCAGCUCAGAUUAUGACACUGCUGCUGAUGCCACUGAAACAUCUUCCUAUGUGAGUGCUAAAGGAUACAUGUCCAGGGAAACAGAGGCUUUUGAGUCAGUAACUGAGGAUGAUCAGCUUCCACAGGUUGUGGAGGAGCUUCAUGACAUUCAUGUUAGUCCAAAUUCACCUAUUGCAAGGAUGGAGCUCAAAGUAAAGGGUUUCCCAAAACCCAGAGUAUACUGGUUCAAAGAUGGCCACCCCCUGCGAGCCUCAGAAAGGAUCCUGUUAUUAUCGGAGCAGGAUGUUCAUGCCUUGGAGAUUCUGGAAGUAAAGAAAGAAGAUAUGGGGGAGUACUCCGCUUACAUCAGCAACGCAGCUGGUUCUGCUUACUCCUCUGCCCGACUCAUAGUACUGCGUCCUGGAGAAAUUAUACCACAAGAUAUAACUACAAAAGAUUCAAAGGUGCCCCUGGUGCCACCACGCUUCCUUGAGAGGUUCACCAACAGGAAAGUGAAACAAGGGGCAAGCAUCACUCUGUCUGUCAAAGUGGAAGGCUCUCCCACACCUAUGGUCAGCUGGCUAAAAGAAGAGUCAAUGGAAGAUGUUCUGUGGAUCAAGGCUGAUACCAAAGGCUACAAGAUAGCCAGCUCUGGGAGUCAGCAUAGUCUCAUACUGAUGGAUGUGGGCACAGAGUACACCGGCACAUACACCUGUAUUGCCACAAAUAAGGCGGGACAGUCCAUCUGCACUGCUCACUUCGAGGUGGAUGACACACAACCAAAGCAAGAGACCAAACCAUCAGCGGUCCUUGGGAUUCCAGUUAGACCCCCACAGGAUGAGGCUGGCAAAGAAAAAGCGCCUCAAGAAGGUAAAAUCCCCUAUCUGGGUGAAGUUGGUUCAGAGGAAUUCCUCAUGAAACUCACCUCCCAGAUAACUGAAAUGGUGUCGGCAAAGAUCAGCCAAGCCUCGUUACGUGUCCCAGGUGCCGACAGUGAUGAUGAGACCAAGACGCCUUCCCCAUCGCCCCAUCAGGGACGCUCUCGUCCCCCCUCCCUUUUGGCUGACUCCUCUUCAGAGUCUGAUGAGGGAGAGGCCAGGGGAGAGAUGUUUGACAUCUUUGUGGCAACGGCUGACUACAACCCACCCACUGCGACUAAGGAAUCCAUCGCUCUGAAGGAGGGCCAGUAUGUUGAGGUUUUGGACUCAACCUAUCCACUUAAAUGGCUAGUACGGACCAAACCCACUAAAACCACACCAUCCCGCCAAGGCUGGGUUUCACCUGCCUACCUGGACAAGAAACUCAAACUGUCUGCUGAUAGUGGUGAUCUUCCGGAGACUAGUACAGAGGAGGUAUCUGAAGGUGAAUACAAGAGGAAAUUAUUCCAACUGUUCCAGGAAUUGACAAAUGGUGAGUCUGAGUUUGCCAAAGAAAUGGAGUUCUUUACUUCCCAUCAUGAAAAGCAUGCAGAGAGCGCAGAUGCACCGCCUGACAUCACCAACCAGAAGGAAAUCAUAUUCAGAAACAUUGAUGACAUCAAGGAAUUCCAUAGCAAGGUCCUUCUCCCAAAGCUGAAUGACUGUGACACAGAUGAUGACAUAGCCAUGUGCUUUCUGAAGAAUAAGGAGGGUUUUGAGAAGUACUUCCAGUAUCUCACAGGUCAGAAUCAGGCUGAGGCAGCAAUCAGUGAUAAGACUGUCCACGGCUUCUUCAAGGAGUACGCUGAGAAAGAACAAGCCAGUGCAGACCCUGCGGAACCCCCUGUGCGUAGCAUCAACGCCUACCUCCAGCAGCCCGUGGACAGGAUUCAGAAGUACAAGGCCCUCCUCAAGGAGCUCAUUCGAAACAAGGCGAAAAACGGUCAGAACUGCUGCCUCCUGGAGGAAGCCUAUGCCAUGGUGUCUGCGCUUCCUCAGCGCUCAGAGAACAGUCACCACGUGUCCAUGAUUGAGAACUAUCCCGCCACCCUGGAAGUCCUUGGAGAGCCAAUUAGACAGGGACCCUUUCAAGUGUGGGAGGGCGCUCCUGGAAUUAGGACAUCGUCUAGAGGUCACCACCGCCACGUCUUCCUCUUUAAGAACUACUGUAUCAUCUGCAAACCCAAGCGAGACAGUAACACUGACACACAAGCAUAUGUCUUUAAGAACAUUAUGAAGUUGAAUAACAUUGACGUGAACGAGACGGUGGAGGGAGAUGACCGUGCUUUUGAGAUCUGGCAUGAACGUGAGGACUCUGUGAGGAAAUACACCUUACAAGCCCGUACUGUUAUCAUCAAAAACUCAUGGCUCAGAGACCUACAGGAGUUACAGCUGCGAUACCUCAUGCCUGCAUGGAGUCCCCCUGAUUUUGAGGAGAUUCUGGCAGACUGCACAGCAGAACUGGGACAGACUGUUAAACUGGCCUGCAAGGCCACAGGAGUACCCAAACCUGCAGUCACCUGGUACAAAGAUGGUCGUACAGUGGAAGCAGAUCCUCAUCACAUUAUCAUCGAGGACCCUGAUGGGUCUUGCACGCUCAUCCUGGAUAACAUGACUGCAGAUGAUUCUGGACAGUACAUGUGCUUCGCCUCGAGCCCAGCUGGUACCGCCAGCACGCUUGGAAAGAUCACUGUUCAAGUCCCUCCUCGUUUUGUAAAUAAAAUAAGGAAUGCUACUUUUGUUCCUGGUGAAGACGCUCAGUUCACCUGCAUCAUCCAGAGUGCCCCCAAUCCUAAAAUCAGGUGGUUCAAAGAUGGCAGACUGCUGACUGACCAUGAAAAGUAUCAGACCUACAGUGAGCUUCGCAGUGGGGUUCUGGUCUUGGUAAUAAAAAACCUGACGGAGAGAGAUCUGGGACACUACGAGUGCGAGCUGUCCAACCGUCUGGGCAGUACCAAGUGUGCUGCAGAUUUAGUUCUACCCUCUGCUGUGGCUCAUACUGGAGAACAAGUCAUCACCAUAGAAGUCACUGAGCAGGAGACCAAAAUACCCAAGAAAACCAUCAUCAUUGAGGAGACUAUAACCACUGUGGUGAAGAACCCACGAAUGAGGAGGCACAAAUCUCCUGGCCUGACUCCUACAGGAACUUACCGCUCAGAGACUUCCACCCCAGAGCUGCCUACAGCCAGACAAAGGAGGCUGCCCGCUGCACGGAAGACCACCAUUCCAACCCUCUACAUUACUCAGCCCGAAGGAACUGAAGCCAGGGCCAUGGAGAGCAAGCCAAAGUGGGUAGAGGUAGAGGAAGUCAUUGAGUAUAAGGUCAAUAAAUCUCCCAGGCUGCCCAGGAGAAGAGGUGUCUCACCAGCAGGAUCUGACCGUGCAACUACUCCCUCCAGAGUUAGACCCAAAAGGUCACCACCAGAGAACCCAAAUGCAAACAAUUCCAACAAUAAGCUUGUGGAGCAGGUUCAGGCAGAGCUGCAAGAUGUUAGCAGCCAACCUCACUCCUGGGGAGAAGAAGAGAGUCAAGCUCCCUCUGGAGCCACUGGAGACCCACAGCUGGUCUCAUCUGUUCUUGGAGAAGGCCCUGAGGACAUAGACAGUCAACAGACUGUUGUUUUUGAACCUGAUGAUGAAGAUAAAGAGGCUAAGAUCCUGACACAAGAAGGCCGCAUUCUCACCCUUGCAGACUUGGAAGAUUACAUACCAGAAGAAGGAGAGACAUACGGCUCCUCCAGUCCUGGAGCUGAAAGGCCAUGUGAGAUUGCUGUGCUUCAGAGGGAGAUUGGCGGCUCCAGUGUGGGUCAGCCGGUGCUGCUCAAUGUGGGGCGACCCACUGUUGUCCCAAGACAGAGGCGUGGCCUCUUCAGUCGCUUCAGGGAGCAUCUUUACAGCCCCCUUUUCACAUCUGCCAUCCCUCAAGCAAGUGGAGUCCAGGCCACGAGGGAGACAGAAGUCCCCAUCCAAGUGAGCCACACAGAGCUGGAAGUCCAACCUUCAUACUGCUCCGAGGUGCAACGAGUUGAAGGUGGGCAACAAAGUUUUAAAACCAAAGUGUCAACUCAGACCUAUGAAUACACAUCAGUGGGUAAUCCAGUCACCCUUCAGAUCAGCGGUAAACCUCAACUCAACCAGCAGAAGUAACAAAUUUGUAUUCAGUACCACAAACCCUCUUAGUCUUAAAUGGGGACAUUUCUACAUCCUGAACUCAAGCAUAUUUACUGCAUUUAACAAACCAUUCCAUUUUGAAGCUACACAUCCAAAACUACUAGACCCAUUCUUUUUGUCUCAAUCAACUGGUUAAGAGUCAGAAUUUCAUUAUAAAUCGCACUUUCACAUAAAAAAUAUGUAGAGAAACAAAAAAGUGGAAUAUAUCUACAAAAUUGUGUCAGUUAUAUUUCACUCUCAUGCUGUUCUGUUACAGCUGCUACAUGAUACACAGUAUUUGUUUUAACAGUUUCAGUGUUUGUCAUCACUCAGAAUUUUCUAAAAUGAGGCUCAUUUAAUUUAAAAUUCAUGAACCUUGACCUGCCCAUAACUGAUGACCCAGGUUUUGUCCUGGUGUGAUUGUGGUGGUAAUGACUAAAUAUAAAAAUGUCUUUACAUGUUAAAAAAAAAAAAAAAAAAAAAAGGAUUACAUAUGUUUUUAAGAGAUGAUUACUUUGACCAAGUACCUUUUCACCUACAACUGUUGUUAGCAGGAUUACUCAAAAAUAAAUCAAAAUGUUUUACAAAAACUGGGUGAAACUGUCUGUUAAAAUGGGAUAGACAUAUUUAACUUUUGUGGUGGAUCCAGAAAGUAAAACAAAACAAAAAAUAAAAUAAGAUAAGAGGUGUGCUGCUACAGCUGACUUUCACAUAAUUUUUGUUUUGAAGUUAAAUAAUUGGCUGAUUGGGGGUUGUAACACUAGUUAAAAGAUAAAUUCACUUCAAAGUUUUGGUUGUUUGCAAAUGUCUGUUCUUGCUCAGUAGCUUAUACCACUUUGAUAUUUUGUACUUUUGGUAGAUUGACUUAAAAACUAUUUCACAACAUCUCAACAAACUAGUUAACAACAAACAUGAAACAGUACAUUCAGCCCAGAAUUUGCACGAUAAUGAUCCUCUUUAGGCAUUUUCAUUUGUAUUAAUUGAAUUGCAAAGACCUGUGUGCAUAUUUUACUUUGAGUUAUUGCAUGUAUUUGCUGUUCAAUAUCAGAUAUUCAAAGUAGUCCUAUCACAUUAAAUAAAGGUAACAGUUUACCAGCAUCUGAGCGCAUGAGAUUUACCACUUUUCCCAUCCCAUUCAAUUGAGUGGAAUAACUUCUGUGUUGUUUUUGUUGUGUUCUUUAAAAGAUCAUUUUAAGUCAGUUAAAAAAAGAUGUUAAGUAUGUUAAUAUCAAAGCACUAACAGAUUGUAUUUGCUUGUACUGUACAUGUUUAGUUUUUGGAAAGAUGUGUUCAGUCUGGAUUAAAUAAAA